AUGGUCUUGGAGAAUGUGCCGAUGAACGCGAGUAAGCCGUGCGCCUUGCAACAGGUUGGCAGUGGAAUCACACUCAUCCCUCUGGAGAUCCCUGCAUGCUUGAGGUCUUCUGAAGGUUACCUAUCACAAGUACUAAAGAAUUACACUGACCAUGCCUGUGAUGGAGAAUAUGUCUCCCUGAGAUGCCCUCACAGAACCACCAUCAGCAUCCAGUCUUCUUUCUAUGGCAGAAUUGUACCAAGUCAUCAGAUGUGUCCUUCUCGCUCUCCCCACUCCUACGCGACUUUAAUUAAGGAAGAUGUUGCCUGUUCAGUUGGCACUUCCCUUCAGAAGAUGCUAGAUGAGUGCCAGGACAGACGGAGCUGCCGGUUCCUUGUCAGCAGCCGGCUGUUUGGCGUAGAUCCGUGCCCUGAAACAGCCAAAUACCUCCUCGUGUGGUAUAAGUGCAGGCCAAAUGAGUACAAGAGUAAAGUAGCCUGUGAAGAUGACAAGCUGCGGCUAAGCUGUAAGAAGAGCAUGGUGAUAGCCAUUUACUCUGCUGUCUUUGGAAGGACACAGGGAGGCAGCCUGGAGUGCCCGUACCAAAACCUAGGGAUGCACAUGAUUGACUGCAAGUCAGCUAAUGCUCUCCAACUCAUGAUCAAGCGCUGCCAUGGGAAAAGAAGUUGUAGCAUAUAUGCCAGCACCUAUGAAUUUGGAGAUCCUUGUUAUCCUGGCAUCCAGAAGCAUCUGAACGUCAUCUAUACCUGUGGUGAGUCACAAAAAAAGCUCUCGCUGGGGUACGUGUUUGAUGAGCAGCAGUAG